GAACUCCACGCCUUGGAGGCCGGAAUAGGUGUGCGCCCGGCAGAACAUCCCAAAUACACAUGCACUCAGGCUCCGUACUAAUCCAGGGCUGUAAGGGCUAAAGAGGUUUAGGGCAGUAGAGACCCGAAGCCCAGGCUGGUCUUUCCAAGGAAAAAGGAGCGUGUCUGAUACCAGAUCUUCGUUCCCUGCAGAACCUUGACGGUUGGACAAGUGACCUCCUCCAGAACAGACGGAGAGUCUCCAGAAGCAGAGGCUUUAGUGAACGAAAUUCGCAAUAAUCAGCUCCAGAACCUGAAAAGGUGGGCGAAGAAUCAGUGGCCAAAGCUAAGCGCUCAUACCCACACUGCCUCGUCCUCAGUUUCUCUCCAGGCCACCAUGUCUGCAGGCAACGGCACCCCUUGGGGGUCAGCAGCGGGGGAGGAGGCCUGGGCUGCAUCGGGAGUGGCGGUGGAGGGCUCAGAGCUGCCCACCUUCUCGGCAGCAGCCAAGGUCCGAGUGGGAGUGACCAUUGUGCUGUUUGUUUCUUCGGCUGCAGGGAACCUGGCCGUCCUGUGGUCAAUGACACGGCCGCAACCCAGCCAGCUCCGCCCCUCUCCGGUCAGGACACUCUUCGCCCAUUUAGCAGCUGCCGACUUACUAGUCACUCUAGUCACUUUUGUGGUUAUGCCCCUAGAUGCCACCUGGAAUAUCACUGUUCAAUGGCUGGCCGGGGACAUCGCAUGUCGGACACUCAUGUUCCUGAAACUAAUGGCCAUGUAUUCUGCAGCUUUCCUGCCUGUGGUCAGUGGACUGGACCGCCAGGCAGCAGUACUCAACCCGCUUGGAUCCCGUUCAGGUGUAAGGAAACUUCUGGGGGCAGCCUGGGGACUUAGUUUCCUGCUUGCCUUGCCCCAGCUGUUCCUGUUCCAUACCGUCCACCGAGCUGGCCCAGUCCCUUUCACUCAGUGUGUCACCAAAGGCAGCUUCAAGGCUCGAUGGCAAGAGACCACCUAUAACCUCCUCACCUUCUGCUGCCUCUUUCUGCUGCCACUGACUGCCAUGGCCAUCUGCUAUAGCCGCAUUGUCCUCAGUGUGUCCAGCCCUCAGACAAGGAAGGGGAGUCAUGCCCCUGCUGGUGAAUUUGCCCUCUGCCGCUCCUUUGACAAUCGUCCCCAUGUUCGUCUCCGGGCCCUGAGACUGGCCCUGUUUAUCUUGCUGACCUUCAUCCUCUGCUGGACACCUUAUUACCUACUGGGUCUGUGGUACUGGUUCUCCCCCACCAUGCUAACUGAAGUCCCUCCCAGCCUGAGCCACAUCCUUUUCCUUUUUGGCCUCCUCAAUGCUCCUUUGGAUCCUCUCCUCUAUGGGGCCUUCACCCUUGGCUGCCGAAGAGGGCACCAAGAGCUUAGUAUAGACUCUUCUAAAGAAGGGUCUGGGAGAAUGCUCCAACAGGAGAUUCAUGCCCUUAGACAGCAGGAAGUACAAAAAACUGUGACAUCAAGAAGUGCAGGAGAAACAAAAGACAUUUCUAUAACAUCUAUCUGAUCCUAACAGAGUAUAUAGGAACAAAAUAAUAAGUCUUUAAUGCCAUAAGAUCUUAACAUCUCACUUCUACUCCUGCUCUCCUAGUUCCCCCAAAAAAGAAAUACUGA